CAAAGGAAGGAAAGGAGAGAGAAGUCGCAAGUGACAGGAGGCCCUCUGAGUGAAAAACAAAUCAACCAACCUCCUCUCAUUUUUGCCACCGUCUCUUUCUUUCUUUCUUUCCACCUUCUCUACAGACACACACCAAAUUCUGAAUCCCUCUCUAGGUGAGUUGGUGGAUGAAAUGCCAUUAUAUAAAAGGAAACCUUUUUCUCUUUUGGAAAGGCCUGAUGAUUUGAAGUCAGAUGAGCUGGUGUUUCAAAUUCGAUUUACGAAAGAGAUUUUUCGUGAUUAUUGCGAAUAUUUGAAACGGAUAAAUCUGUAUCGUCAAAGAAUUUGGACAUGCAAGAGCACCGGGAAGCUCAACCUGACUUAUGAGGAGGCGUUAGUCUCAGAAAAACAGGCCAGUGAGAAGGUUCAGCAGUUCCCCAAAGAACUCAUGGAGCCUGUGCUGCGGGAAGUUCAAUUCAGCAUGCUCACUUUAAGAGAUCUGUCAAGUACUAUCUCUGCAAAGCUACAGGAGCGCUUGUUAGAGGGAACUGAAAUAUAUGGAAGAAAGAACAAUCGGAUAUAUCCAUGCAAAAUAGUAAAAGUAAUAGAUGAGGAAGUUGAAAAAACACAAUAUCAGGUAGCAUGGCUUGAUAAAGAUAAGAAAGUAACUGAAAAUGCCGUUGUGAGCGGAGAAGAUUUGAUUAAGAAAAAGUUGCCUUUUGCUAGAGAUGUUUUGAAGUCUUUCAUCAGAGAGUCCACAUAUAGGAGUUGUCCUUGGGUGCUUCACGAUAAAUUGGCCAUGAAAUAUGGGAUUUCCACUAAUCUUCCAGAAGAGUUGAGGAGCAAAAUUUCGCCCAAGAAGAGAAAAGACAAGGAAGCAAACAAUGGAGAACGUAAGCGAAAGAAGCUGAACAAUGAUGCAAAAGAUGAAGAUGAUGAGCCUAUCAAAUAUCCGAUCGACGAUUUGUUGGUGCGACCUGCUGCAGAUGAUCCUGUUUUUACUGCUCGCCCAAUACCAAGCAGAAAUUUUAACGUUCCCAUGGAUUGUGUUGGUGAUCUUUUGAUGGUUUGGGAUUUUUGUUCUUCUUAUAGCAAACUAUUGAACUUGUCUCCAUUCUCACUAGAUGACUUUGAAAAUGCACUGUGUUAUAAAGAAAGCAAUAUAGUUCUUUUAGUGGAAUCCUAUUCUGCUCUUCUUCGCAUACUUAUGAAGGAUGAUGGGGACUAUUAUAUAGCUUUGCAGAAGAAAAAACGGAAGCCAAAGAUUACAUUGAUCACCUGGACAGAUUACUUGUGUGAUUUCUUGGAAUUGAUCGGAAAUGCAGAAUUAGCUGCUCACAUAAGUACUAUUAAGCGGGGACAUUAUGGUCUACUGGAUAUGCAUAGUAAGCUAGCUAUCUUUUGCGAAUUGGUUGCUCAUGUUCUUUCAAGUGACAUCAUGAGAGAAAAGCUGGACGAGUAUAUUGAAGAGCGGAAAGCACUUGCAUCAGAAAAACGAGGCAAGGCACUGGAAGAAGGGAAAAAGAGGAGAGAGAAAAAAGAAAUGAUGAAUAGUCAGAAUGGAGAUGUUGCAAAGAAACAGAAGGAGAAAACUUCAUCUAAGGAGCAAAAUCAAAAACAUGCAUCAGAAAACAGUGUGAAGGAGGUCAAGAAAUCUGAGAAGGAUGCGAAAAGGGUAAAUCUAGAUACAGAACUUACAAUCGCUAGUAUCAAAGCAUCAGUUGGAAAGGGGUCUAAGAAAUCGACCGAUGUUGAGAAGAAAGAAGCAGAUGAUGAAACAAAUAUAGCACAAAGAAAACAAUAUCUGGAAAGAGAAAUGGAGAAGAGAUUUGUACGCUCUAACCCAUUAGGUAAAGACAGGGAUUAUAACAGGUACUGGUUUUUCCGCAAGGACUCGAGGAUUUUUGUUGAAAGUUGUGACCACAAACAGUGGGGCUACUACAGCUCUAAAACGGAGCUCGACUCUUUAAUGAGCUCACUGAAUGAGAAGGGCGAGCGGGAAAAGGCACUCAAACAGCAACUAGAGAAACGUUAUAAUAAAAUCUCAGGUGAAAUGCAGAAAAUAUCAAAAGAGGCUCACAGGAUCCAAAUGGAGGAAGAAGCUGCAGUACGUAGGUCAAGUCGUGUACGUGCCCCACCAAGGGAGAAUCCUGCUCGUGCUUUUCUCAAGUAUGUCAAUAAGCUCAAAGAAGACUAGAUAUCCUAACUAAUAAACGAAUUUUGUUUUCCUUUUUUUUUGUGGGAUAGCUGGAUAGUGAUACUUCAUAACUCUCAAAAAAAUUUUCUUUCUGGGAGGAAUUAAGUCCUGUAAGUCCAAUGAUGGACAUACAUGUAUUAGUCCUCCAUGGAAGUUUUUGCCCUAUCUCUAGCCUUAGGCCUUUAUGAAGUGCAGAUUGGCUUCAAAGUUUUACAGCAUUUAUGAAUUAUAUAUGAUUGUCACUGCUAAAUACGAAAAAUUGCACUUGAA